UGGUGCUUAUUUAGAACCGUUUAUCGAGAUAUUACAAAGAUAAAUUCAAGGCUGUUAAGAUAUAUUUCACAAAGCACUGUGAAAUAUAACGACCAAGAGAGCAUGAAAUCCACAGUUUCUAUUCUAAAUAACGAACUUGAUUUGGGUCUUAUGAUAAAUAGUUACAGCGAGGUUGGUUUUAGAUUAAAUAACGAUUUUACAAUAUUAGGACCUGUUAUCUUAUUUCCUCGGUCUGCUCUCUCUUGGAACGUUGGAAGUAUAAACGACAUAACAGAAGAGUCAUUAAGUUUAUUUACAGUACUGGAACCUAAGAUUGAUCUUCUAGUUUUAGGUACAGGCGAUAAAAUUGAAGAUACAUCUUUUCACAAGAAAAUAUUUCCUUUUCUCAAAAAGCAUAAGAUAAACUUAGAAAUUCUUCCAACAGAUCAGGCUUGUUCUACCUUUAAUUUUUUAAAUUCUGAAGGGCGGUACAUAGCAGCAGCUUUAAUCCCUCCUACUAAGUUUACACCAACUGAUCAUGAAGUAUUUGAUACAAAGCAAAGAUAUCAGAAUAUAUAUGAAGUGCAAGACUAAAUUUGUUGACUUUACCAAACUCAUUAUUUAUUAUCAUUAAAUAAAAGAUAUUUACUUUUUCAUA